AUGUCUGAAGCAACUGAAAUCAUAAUAGAUGCACACAUGGUUUCUUUGGUUACAACAUACGAUGACGAAUUCACAAGUUACCAAGGAUCAGUAGAACAUUCGUUGAUGGUCAACCUCGACAGGAGGUUCACGAG